UUUCUGUUUUCCUCAGCCAGUGUCUUGUAAGCUGGGUAGGACACAGCUUCAGUCCUCUUUGCCAUUUCAACUUCUGUCUAACUAGGUGUUGCAAAUAUGUCCACCCUGGCAGCGCCUUUUUACCAAAGGAGGCACAGACACUUCGAUCAAUCAUAUCACAAUAUUAACACAAGAUAUCUGCUGCAAGAAUAUGCUGCCAGGAAACGUGCUUCUACCGAAUCUUCCACCCAGAAAUCGUCCAGCCAGAGGACUUCUACUCAGACAUCUUUGGGGAGAACAAUAUGCAGACUUUGUGCAAAACGUAUCAACACCUCCACUGAAGAUGAAGAGCAUGAUUAUAAAAGAAGGUAUGAAUCCCAACUGGCUGUUUAUGGAGAACAGAAGAGGCAAAAGUUUCUUAAGGAAUUGGCUUACUUAGAAGAGGAUGUUCGCCUGGCUAAGUCUCUCGCUAGAGAGAAACUGGAUAAAUAUGACAUUCAGCAGAUGGUGGAAGCGAAAAUGGCCUGGGAAAGGCGGUCGUUUGUAGAACGGAUGAGCAGAGCUCCGGAAAUCCUGGUGCGACUGAGAUCCCACACCGUUUGGGAAAGGAUGAGCGUGACGCUUUGCUUCACUGUACAGGGAUUUCCUACUCCUGUGGUUCAGUGGUAUAAAAAUGAGAGUCCUAUUUUCCUGUCAAGUGAACCAGGAAAGUACAGAAUUGAGAGCAAGUAUGGAGUGCAUACGUUGGAGAUAAAUAGAGCAAAUUUCGAUGAUACCGCUAUUUAUUCGGCAGUGGCAACAAAUGUCCAUGGACAGGUAUCUACCAAUGCUGCCGUGAUUGUGAAGAGGUUCAGAGGAGACGAAGAACCGUAUCAUUCUGUGUUACUCCCUAUUGGAUUACCCCUGUCAUCAGUGAUUCCCUACACUCACUUUGAUGUUCAGUUUUUGGAGAAGUUCGGUGUCACCUUUAAGACGGAAGGAGAUACGGCUACUCUCAAGUGUUCUCUGCUGGUCACUCCGGAGCUGAAAAGACUCCAACCUCGUGUGGAGUGGUACAGAGAUAAUGUGCUGCUCAAAGAAUCUAAGUGGAUAAAGAUGUUCUAUGGAGAAGGUCAGGCUUCCUUAUCAUUCAGCCACCUGAAUAAGGAUGAUGAAGGUCUCUACACCUUGCGAUUGGUGACGAGAGGAGGUGUUAAUGAUCACAGCGCUUUCUUGUUCGUGAGAGACGCGGACGCCUUAGUUAUGGGUGCCCCCGGGGCACCUAUGGACGUGGAGUGCCACGAUGCCAACCGAGAUUACGUUAUCAUUUCCUGGAAACCGCCGAAUACAGCAAGUGAAAGUCCAGUCAUCGGCUAUUUUGUGGAUAGGUGUGAAGUGGGAACCGACAAUUGGAUUCAGUGCAAUGACACACCGGUAAAAAUCUGCAAAUAUCCUGUCACCGGCCUUUUUGAGGGAAGGUCUUACAUGUUCCGUGUUAGAGCUGUCAACAACGCAGGGAUCAGCAGACCUUCUAGGGUCUCUGAAGCUGUUGCAGCCCUUGACCCCGUUGACCUCAAGAAGUUGCAGGCCGUUCAUUUGGAGGGAGACAGAGAAAUUGUAAUCUAUCAGGAUGACCUUGAAGGCGACAUUCAGAUUCCAGGACCUCCCACCAAUGUACAUGCUUCAGAAAUCAGCAAAACAUAUGUUGUGCUCAGCUGGGAGCCACCUGUUCCCCGUGGCAAGGAGCCAUUGAUGUAUUUCAUUGAGAAGUCGGUAGUCGGAAGUGGAAGCUGGCAAAGGGUUAAUUCGCAGGUGGCCGUCAGAUCUCCUCGAUACGCAGUAUUUGAUCUCGCAGAAGGAAAAUCAUACGUAUUUCGCGUUUUGGCGGCCAACAAGCACGGGCUCAGUGACCCUUCUGAAAUAACAUCACCAAUUCAGGUCCAGGACAGCAUCGCCGUUCCUUCGGCUCCCGGCCGGAUCUCGGCAUCGAGAAAUACAAAGACAUCAGUGGUCGUCCAGUGGGAGAAGCCAAAGCAUGAAGAGGCUCUGCUCGGCUAUUAUAUUGAUUGUUGCGUGGCAGGGACGAACAAAUGGGAACCUUGUAUUCAUAAACCUAUUGAUUAUAACAGGUUUGUUGUUCAUGGUUUAACUACCGGAGAGCAGUACGUCUUCCGCGUUAAGGCUGUGAACGCCGUCGGGACGAGUGAGAAUUCACAGGAGUCUGAUGUCAUAAAAGUCCAGGCUGCCCUCACGUCUCCGUCCCAUCCUUAUGGUAUAACGCUUCUUAACUGCGAUGGCCACUCGAUGACUCUUGGAUGGAAAGUGCCCAAAUUCAGUGGAGGAGCACCGAUUCUUGGUUAUUACAUGGACAAGCGAGAGGCCCAGCACCAGAACUGGCAUGAAGUCAAUUCUCACCUCAUCAAGGACACUAUUUAUACGGUAGAGGGCUUGACAGAACAAUCACUCUACGAAUUCAAAAUUGCUGCUGCAAAUCUGGCUGGGAUAGGAGAGGCAUCCGAUCCCAGUGAACACUUCAGGUGUGAAGCAUGGACCAUGCCAGAGCCAGGUCCUUCCUACGAUCUAACAUUUUGUGAGGUCCGAGAUACAUCGUUGGUGCUGAUGUGGAAAGCCCCGGUGUAUAGUGGUGGCAGUCCCGUUACCGGAUACUUUGUGGAUUACAAGGAAGAAGAUGCAGAAGAAUGGAUUACCGCUAAUAAGGCUACAACCAAAAAUCGCUACUUAAAGGUCAGCGAUUUACAUCAAGGCAAGACCUAUGUUUUCCGCGUCCGUGCGGUAAACUCGAACGGAGUGGGUAAACCUUCGGCUACAUCUGAAGCUGUGUUGUUGGAGGCUAAACCAGGAACAAAAGAAAUCGGUGCAGGGGUUGAUGAAGCGGGCAAUAUUUACCUAACAUUUGACUGUCCUGAAGUGACCGAUGCAUCAGACUUUACUUGGUGUAAAUCAUAUGAAGAAAUAAAAGAUGAUGAGAAAUUUAAUAUAGAGACUAAGGGAGACCACUCCAAACUAUACUUUAAAAAUCCAGAUAAGUCAGAUUUAGGAACCUAUUCUGUGUCCGUCAGUGAUACCGAUGGUGUUUCAUCAAGUUUUGUAAUGGAUGAAAAAGAACUGGAACGCCUGGUGGCACUGAGCAAUGAAAUCAAGAAUCCAACAAUUCCUCUGAAAUCAGAAUUAGCUUAUGAGCUUUUUGAUAAGGGCCAGGUUCGUUUCUGGCUUCAGGCGGAACACUUGUCACCGGAUGCCAGUUUCAGAUUUGUUAUUAACGACAGAGAAGUUCCUAACAGUGAGACCCAUAGAAUUAAGUGUGAUAAAUCCACUGGCAUAAUUGAGAUGGUGAUGGACCGAUUUACUACUGACAAUGAAGGUACUUAUACUGUACAGAUUCAUGAUGGAAAAGCCAAGAGUCAAUCUUCACUGGUUCUCAUUGGAGAUGCAUUCAAGGCUCUACAGGCGGAGGCAGAACUGCAGAGAAAAGAAUUCCUCCGGAAACAAGGUCCUCAUUUUGAAGAAUAUUUGCACUGGGAUGUAACAGAGGCAUGUGAGGUUCUCCUUCAGUGUAAGGUAGCGAACACAAAAAAUGAGACAGUUUUCAAAUGGCUAAAGAAUGAUGUUCUGUAUGAAGCUGCUGCAGUACCUGAUUUGAGUAAAAGAUUCUGUGAGCUACGUAUUCCAAAGUUUUCUAAGAAGAUUCAAGGUGAAUAUAAGGCAACAGUGAAAGAUGACAGAGGCCAAGAUGUAUCGCUCCUUGACCUAGCUGGGAAAGUAUAUGAUGACAUAAUCUUGGCUUUGAGCAGAGUCUGUGGUGCUUCUGCUUCUCCACUAAAGAUACUCUGCACCCCAGAAGGGAUUAGGCUGCAGUGUUCCAUGAAAUACUUCGCCGAUGAAAUGAAAGUGAACUGGUAUCACAAAGAUGCUAAGAUUCCUUCGAGCGAACACAUGAGAAUUGGAGGCAGUGAAGAAAUGGCCUGGAUACAGAUCUGUGAGCCGACUGAAAAGGAUAGAGGAAAAUAUACUUUUGAGAUUUUCGAUGGCAAGGACAACCAUCAACGUGUGCUAGAUCUCUCUGGACAAGCUUUUGAUGAUGCAUUUGCAGAAUUCCAACAACUCAAGGCAGCUGCUGUGUCAGAGAAGAAUCGUGGAAAAGUGAUAGGUGGAUUACCUGAUGUGGUAACUAUAAUGGAAGGCAAGACACUCAAUCUGACCUGCACUGUCUUUGGAAAUCCGGAUCCUGAAGUGGUCUGGUUUAAGAACGAUAGGGAUGUUGAAAUUAGCGAACACUUUGUGGUGAAAGUGGAUCAGGGGAAAUACGUCAGCAUGACCAUCAAAGGGGUGGCCUCAGAAGAUUCAGGAAAGUACAGCCUCCAUGUCAAGAACAAAUAUGGUGGGGAAAAAAUAGACGUCACUGUAAGCGUCUACAAACACGGUGAGCAGAUACCUGAUGUGGUCCUUCCGCAAGUUGCCAAGCCGAAGUUGAUACCAGCAUCCAGCUCUUUGGCAGCUGAAUAAAAGAAGAAUCCAAAGAUGUCUCUCCAAGGGGGGCAGAUUCCUUCUGGAAUGAAUAUCCAGGCGAUUUGCUUCAUCCACACAGUAUAUAAAUAAGCUUUAGUGAUGUGUUGUUAAAGUAGAGAAUUAGCCGUGUCUAGCACUUUUGCUCUGGUACAACAUCUGAAAUCCUGCAUCUAUAGGAAACAAAGUCAUAUCAAAGGGCAAGGGCCUGAAAUUAAAUGUCACAGAUGAUAUUUACCUUAUGAUUCGUCUUAAUGGUGGACAGUCUCAAUGAACAGCAUAAGUAGCAUGCUGCAGUCAUAAAUGCACCCACAAUCUAGAUUGAUAUUGCCGUUUUUCUUUUUGGUGGGUCGGGAUCCAUCUGGAGAGCAUUUUAUUAAUUACGAAUGUGGAACCCAUUACCUUGUUACAGUUUGUUUUUCUUGCUCUGGGCUAAUAAAACUUUAAAAGGCA